AGUGUCAGCGCGAGGCAGUGUGGCAGCUGAGCGGCAGGUAGUAGAGAGUACGAGUAGAGGCAGAUUGUGUGGCGCGACACUGUCACUGGCACGGCACCACAUACGGAACGGAUUCAAGACAUUUUUUUUGUUAUUUCUGUAUAUUCUCCAUCAAAUUCCUCCUCCGUCUUGGUCGCGUUUCGCCCCCGGGUUUAUUGCCGUUUUGUGGAAAUUCAGUUUGUCGGUGGUGUCGUGAAAAUUCUGCACGAGUGUGUGGAAAAAUCGCGUGGCAGUUCGUGAAUACGGGAAAAGUAAGGAAACGUCUGGAAUUUCCCGUGCACAUUUUCUAUCCUCUCUCUGGACUAUCUCGAGGAACCCCUGGCUUGCGUGCACUCGUUGCUCCUUGGGGGAUCUCUUCUUGAACUACCUCUGAACCUCGCUACUCUGCAAAUUCUCUUCUCGCGUGAAAUUCCUCCACCAUUCCCUGCACACUGCGGGGGUUGAGGCACUCACUCUCGUUUUCCCCGUGCACGUUCGGCUCAUCCCCGCUUGAAAUCGGUACACGGGUAUUAGGUUCGUCCGCCUAAAGUCUCGCCGUUACCGCAUGGUUUCAAGUUAAUCCUGUUCUGCUGCUUUGGAUCCGAAUCCUUGAACGUUCCGUGGAGGGGGAGAUAUACCAAUUUGAGUUACUAUUGACGAUCUUGCAGCAAUCGUUUGUCUUCCUGCAGUAAACUUUUUCCUUGCCCUUUUCCGUAAGUGCCAGCCUCACUACUCCUGCUGUCGAGCUUGUUUUCGUGCCAAAAAUUGCCUUAAUUCGUGAAUUUACUCGUGGGGCAGUGAAUUGCGUUCGGUAUCUGUUAACUCCGUCUUGCAGUCGUGGAGUGUACGCGUGUGUAUGUAUGCGAGUUUGACACAUAUCGUCGACUCGUGCCAUUUGACAGCUGCGGGUAAGACGGGAACCUGUGUAUCCGCGCUGCUUGGCCCCUUGUAUUGGCGGGUAGGUUGUGCGGUCGUGCUCGGAUCUGCGUGCGUUUUGAAGCAAAUGAGGAGGCCCGAGCCGUGAGCGGAGAGCAGCCAGUGCUGAACGAAAACAAACGUGAAAAGUGAGUGGAAAGUCGCAGCCAGGACCGCAGAUUUUUGGAAAUUCUGUCGCCUGAGUCCGAAUCGUGGGGCGAGAAGUGUUUCGUGCCGCGAGAACAGCCCAAAAGGCCGCGGGAAGUCGAGAAAGUCCCGGGCGCAAGGAGUGUGUGCCUGCGACCCAGCGCGAGUGCUAAUCAGAUUCUGAGGACGUUCCGCUGUUUACCCGAGGAUUCGGGAAGUGAGUGGGCCCGGCAAGAGUUUCCGCGCCCGCAACCGCGCGGAGCAGCUCCGAGUGAGCUAUUUGUGUCCUGAAACGCCUGCCGUGCAGUUGUCCGGCCGCCAGCCAGAGCCCCGAGCGUGGCCGUUCCCCGGACGCCAGCAACCACCGACCGUCCAUUGAGCGGUGUCCGGCCGCCCCGAUCCACCUCCUUGAGGGCAUCCAUCCAUCCUGUCCGGUCCGGUCACCAGGAGUUGGGGGACGUCAUCUCUGUCGCCUCCGAAACUCGUUCGUUCCAUUUCUGCGAGUGAAUGCAGUGAAAAGAAUUCCAGCCAAACCGUCUCGUCCGCCCCGACCGAGCAGCAGCGGAAGCGCCAGCAGCCGAGAACCGUUGCCGCUGCAUCGUCCCGUUCGGAUUUCAGAAAGUUUCGCUCGUCCACGGGAAAGAAGUUUGGGAUCCGACGAAUUUGAAAUUCGCUGGCAGUUCCGUGAUUUGUUGGCUUUUGACAGUCGAUUUCGUCCGAUGCGAAUGAAACGUCAGUGAAGUGCGCGUCGUAGUAGUAGUAAUAUAGCGGUGGCAAGCGCGUGCAGCAUACGUGCGACAGAAAGAGCAAGAAAGCAGUGUGUGGUGUGUUUGACGUGUGCGCGCGAAUUUGAAUGGGUUAGUGAAGAGUCUCGUUUCGGGUGGCGCGCGCGUGUGGUGGUGUGAAUUGAGCAAAGUAUUGCAAUUGCGACGGGUUGCCAUUUGCAAAAUUCUCUCUUUUCGUUUCGUUUGAAAUAUUAUCAUUUAUUUUUUUGUCGGCGCCCGUAUUUCGUGUAUAAAUUCUCCAUCGUGUGUUUAUUGCGUCGACAAGGUGGUGGGCAAGUGUUUGUGUCAAAAUGGCCGCCUUAUGUACUGGCAAUUAUGGAUUGACGCAAAAUUGCAUAGAUACCAGCAAGGAAUACUUCUUCGUGAAAUUAACAGAUUCAGCAUUGCGAGCGGUCGAGGAGUAUCAGAAAAAUCAGGGCAAACACAAUUCACAGCCAACAAUACAGAUUGAUGGAAAUAGCGGGGUUAUAUCAUUUCCUUCAUCGGGACAACAGUUUAGAUUUUCAAUAGAUGAAAUAGAAGGCUCAUUUGAAUGUAUAAAGCAAACCCAAAAUCAAUUAGAAGUUCAGGGAUCAUUGCCUUUUAAGUUACGAAUACAUGCAAACGAUGAUGUAUAUGAAACAACGAAACAUCGAAUGGCUGUGGCAGAAGAAAAUCAAAAAAAUAAAUGCACACGAGAGAUUAAACCAAAUCAAACAGAUAUCGGCCGUAAGGUGAAACUGAAAAGUAGCCGGCAUGCAAACAUUCCGCCAAAACGUGAUCCUUUAUUAACGUCGUCUUCAUCCUCUCUAACGUCCGGCACGUUAGGUAGCACAUCAUCUCAAUCGCCAUUAAGUUCGUCUACAACAUCAUCGUUGUUGCCCUCUUCCUCGUCUACAACCGCAAGCCUAAUAAAUCCAGCAUCAUCAACGCACCAACAAUUUAGUACAGGCAGUGUAACAACAAUGUCACCACUAUCGACAUCGUCCGGUACAUCUGGCUAUUCGUCGUCAUCCAUCUCCCCGCUGCACAGUUCAAGCCUGAAAUCGUCGUCUAAUUCUAUUAAUAAUAAUUUGUCAAAUAGUAGUCUAAAUAGUAGUUCAUCGUCAAAAUUGCAUUCAAAUUAUCAUAACAAUGUGACGUCAGCGUCGUCCUUAUCGUCGGCGCUAUCAUCGGCCGCUGGUUCCGGUACUAGCGGCAUAACAAGCUCAUAUUAUGGGAGCAAUAAUAGUAGAGGAUCCAGUGGGAUUGGCAGUACGAAUAAUUCGUUGAACAGUAGUGCGAGUAGGCGGAGUGUGGCUGGCGUUGGAGCGAAUCAAAGGAAUCAGAGGAACGGUGGUCGACAUAUGCCUGAUAUUACCAAGAGAAAGUUAAGGGAUCGAUUAAUACACUUACUAGCACUUAAACCGUACAAAAAACCAGAACUGUAUGCUAGACUGCAAAAUGAGGGUAUCCGAGAGCGUGAGAAAGCAUCGAUAAGUGUGAUCUUAAAGGAAAUAUCAACAAUGAGGGACAAUACGUACAAUCUGAAGCGGCAAAUGUGGAACGAUGUAAUUGAAGACUGGCCUUUUUAUACUGAACAGGAAUUACAAAUGCUCAAAAGACGAAAACCACAAAACCUAACACCACCAAUUAGUUCAGAUGGUGGUAGUUCAACGUCUGGACAAAGUCCAACAAGUACACACAAUGGUAGUCCACCGCCAGCUGUUAAAAGGCCUAGUCUAGAUCAUGAUCGAUAUUAUGGAGAGCCCAUUAUGAAGAAACCAAGAAUUAGUCAUUUUAGGAAGGAUAACAAUGAAAUUAAUAGGUGGAGCAGGCGAAGUGGAGUGCCGGAGCCCCGUGAUUUGCCAAUUAUGAAUUCUAGAUCUAGGGAAAGUCAUGAAAUGCGCUCCUCUAGUUACUACGGUUCAAAUUUAAGUAAGCAUCAAGAGCCCGAAGACAAUGCCAUGAGUUUAAGUUACGGGGUGCUGGGAAGUGAAGCAGCGCGUCGAAUUUCGCCGCGCGAUGAACUAUCGAAUUUGAACGGCCAUAGCAAUAGUAGUAUGAAUACGAGUACGAGUCACCAUCAUAGUAGCAUUAUUCCAAAUAGCCAUCACACCAUCAACAAUAACACCAGCAACAAUAAUAACAACAAUACCAAUAGUAGCAACAAAAACAAUAGUACCAAUUCAAUAUUGAGCAGUAGUGGCGGAGGUAGCGGUGGCGGGGGUGGUAACAACACCCAUCACAAAUCGUCGCCACUGUAUUCAAGUUCAAAUGGUAACACAUGCAAUAGUAGUGGGAAUAAUGGCAAUAGGAUCAGUGAUAGUCGGCAAAAAGGAUCAUCCGCUUCUGUAUCAUCGCCGAGAAUCGGCAGUAGUAUGGGCGGCGGUGAUAUGGUGGAUGACAGCAGCAGAAGCGGUGUCAUUGGACAUGGAAUUGGUGACACUAUGUCCCCUGGUGCUGGAUCACGGGGCUCAGCAAUAAAUAACCACAGUAAUGACAAUGUGUCUGGUAAUCAUGGCAGCAGCAAUAGCAAAAACAAAAAUAGUAGCAGUAGUAGCGCGAGCAAGGAUCAUAGUGGAAAUAUUUUGAGUGCAACCAAUAGUAGUAAGGAUCGACCAACAAUAUCGUCCACACCAAGUCAACCACUAUAUGACUUUAGCGAAUUCAAGAGUAUUAAUUCGGUGGAGCAACGACGAACAUAUAAGGCUGAAUUUGAAAAGGACUAUGCUGAAUAUCGUAAACUGUUAGAGAUGGUGGAAGGUGUGUCGAAGAAAUUUAAGAUGCUUGCCCUGCAGCUGGAGGAGAACAAGAAUGAUUCAGCAGCUUAUAGGGAAAUUCGGCGCAAGAUUCUAAGUGAAUACGAAAAGACCAAUCGUGACUACCAACAUCAAAAGCGGAAGGCACGGUUCGACUACUUGCACGCAAAACUAGCUCAUAUCAAGGCUCUCGUACACGACUUUGACCAAACUCUGACGUCCUCAGGCGGUAGUGCUGCCCCAACACAAUCACCUCUUCAACAAAACAUGGGUGCCGAUUCGCUAACCUCUGAAAAUUUCGGCAAUGUUGGUGGUAACAUCACCAACAGUCCCAGUUUAAGUAGGCGAAAUGGUGGUAAUUCAUCAUCACAACGAAUUUCAUCGUCGCCAAUAAUGAAUGGCAAUUUGGGCAAUUCACCGCCAGGUCUGCAUCAUCAUUUAUCAGAGAAUUACUGACGAUUAUUGAUAAUUACGGUGACAACAAAAAACUUUAUUACAUUUUAGAUUUUAACUAAAAUAAAUAUAAAUAAAUAAUAACAACAGCAACAACAAAAAGGAAGCUAAAAGCGCAAGAAAGAGAAGAAAAGGAAGAGAAGAUAUGGAAAUAUGGAUUAUGAUUGAUUUUUGUAUACUGUUAUUCAUGGUGGAUGUAUUUCAGUUUCACUUCGAUUUUUUCUUCGCCUAAAAUAUUUUUAUUUUCACGCAACUUUUCUCUGUUUUGCAUAAAAUUUAUUUAAUUUUUCAUCUGUGAGCGCAUUUGUUUCUUCUUUUUUUUAUAUAUUCUGAAUUCUUUCCAAUUUCGAACUUAUGUUCGGACAUUUUUUUUGCUUAUCAUUUCCGCAAAAAACGAAUUUACAUGAAAGAAAUCAAAAGGAUCACGUAACUUAGUAAAGACAUUUAUAUGGAAUCCAACUCAGAUUUGAGGCUUAAUAAACGCGAAAUAUGAACAUUUGUUGACAUUUUGUUUGUAUUUCAUUUGCCUAACUCGUGUCUGAGGGCGAUUUCGUAUUAUUCAAAUGGCAUAGAUAUGACAAGUAAAUAUUGAAAUGUAGUUUCUAGAAUAGAAAGAAAUUGAUAGAUGUUGCGACGUAUUGAUAUGAGAAAGGGAAUGUCAAUAGAAAUUCUAUAUAUAUACAUGAAAGCAAAGCAUAUUUUAAAUAAAGUAAACCAUAUAUAUUUAAUUACAUCUACAAAUUAACGAAAAAAAUGAAUAAAAUGACACAGAUCCAAGAAAAAGUAUCAAAAAAUUAAAAAAUUACUUCGGUAAUUUUCGAGGUAUAAAUGAAAACUACACUACACCCAGCAAUGAAGAAGAAAUGUUGCGAGAACGUUAAGAAAUAGAUUUAUACCGUAAAUUUAUUAUAAAAUAAAACUGAACAGUUAUUAAUAAUAGAAACCCAGACUUAUAUACAUAUACAAAAGAAAUUAUUGAAAACCUUUUGAAAAACUAUUGAAUGAAUUUCGUCGAAAGAAAUAGCAAACUAAAAACGGCAAACAGAGUUGAACUGCAAUCGAAAAACAGUGGCCACACGACGGAAUCUAUGUGCGAAACUACAUGGAAUCAAAAGAAGAUAGACAAAAUCACACGCACACGCCUUUCAAAAUAUAGAAAAAAAAUACUGUACUAAAGACAAUGAUGAAUGAGACGAUGAUAAACAAAAACAUGAACUAUUUUUUAGUAUUAAAGCGUAAUUGUUAAUUUCGUAUGUUUUCCCUUGAAAUCAGCAUGAAAACGAUUAUUUAAAAGUAAAACAAACAAAAACACCAAUUAAACAAAACACAAUCUACACAUAUAUAAGGCCACAAGGAAGUAAAUUAAUGACAAUGAUGAAGACAUGUUAAAACUUAAAACAAUGAAUCAAAGUGAUUUCCAUAAUUUAUUGGGUGUUCUAAAAAUCGAUAAACAUAUUCUAAAUUUGUAAGCAAAAGUGUCCGUUACUAUGAAAAAUGUCCGACAUUUGUGUCUAUUGCGCCACACUUUCACGAACAUAUAACUUUAAUGAUAAUAAGUCCUGCCUUUGAUAAAUUAAAUACACAACUUCAUGUUUCAACGAAAAUGAAGCCACCGCGUUUCCAAAAUGCCUCGUAACGUUUUUGUUUUUAAAUGGAACCAAUUGAGAACUCCAAACGAACGUUUCGAACACGUUAAACCUAUAAACCAAAUGAAUGAAAUUCGUUGUGUUUAAUUUAACUUUUUAACUGUUCUUCCCAACUUAGUUUGUUUCUAAUUUUUGUUUUUGUUCGUCGUCAACGUGCACUCGACGCGGGACGAUUAUUUUAACUUGCAAAUGAGAAGGGAGCACGUGAAACGGAUUAAAAUGAAAAUUAACCCAUUUUCCUUUUCUAUGCAAAACUACUACGCUAAUUUUUAUAAUACUUUCUCGACACAGAAGAAAAAAUCCGAUUCUUAUUUUCUAGUUUUCGUUAGAUUUUAUUUGUUGGUUUGAGACUAGGAGAAGAAAAAGAAAUUGGAAAAAGGAUGGGCGAAGCGAAACAGCAUCAGAUUUCGGAGA